GAGGUUAGCUAAGAAAUUAACGGUUUUUUUCCCGGAAACGCGGCUAAUAGCUUCAUCUUAGCGCUUUAUAUGAGCACAGAACAGUGUGUGUGAGCGCGUGUGUGUGUGUGUGUGAGAGACCGUCAGUGUGAGAGACCAUCAGUGGUGUUGACGAUGAAGGCGGUGACAUUAACACUCAUGUUGUGCUGUUUACUGACGGCUGAAGCGGCGCGGAGCAGAAAGGAGUGGAGCAGCAGCGGGAGCAGCGGCAGCAGCAGCGGCCUGAGGAGAGCAGCGGGGGCCGUGUAUCAGGGUCUGGGCUCCGUGUUCGGGGACGACAACAUUAAAGCCUUAUAUAAGUUCUUCUCCAGGACCACUGAGCGGUUUGUCCAUGGUGUGGAUUCGCUGCUGGACUCGCUGUGGAGGAGCUGGACUGACCUGCUGGAUGCUCUGGGCCUCGACUCCUCCACCCUGUCUCAUUACUUCAGCCCGUCCUCCGUGUCAGGUUCUCCAUCUCGGGUGUUGUUGUUGCUGGGUGUGGUGUUCUUGGCGUACUGGUUUGUGUCCUUGGUUCUCGGGGCAGUGAUGCUGGUUCUGCGUGCCGUGUUGGGUCGGUUCUUUUGGGCGGCGCGUGUGCUGUUCUUUGCGCUCUCGUGCUUGUACGUGCUGCAGAAGUUUGAGGGCGACCCAGAGAAAGCGGUGCUCCCCCUGCUGGUCAUCAUGGGCGUGUACUUCCUGACAGGGCCGGUGUCUGCGUACUGGAGGAGACAGGGAGGCUCUACUCUAGAGGAUAAGAUUGAUAACCUGGAGACGCAGGUACGACUCCUCAACAUCCGCCUCAGCAGGGUGAUCGACAACCUCGAACGCUCCGUCGACCAAUGAGGUGAUGGCAUUCAGGAAUUGCCAGGGGUGGGGUUAGGGUCAACGUGUGGUUCUGAGUUUAACUUUCCUGUUCUGGUUCUGUAGGUUUCACACCAACACACAUUGUGUUUCAGAGUCUCCGGUUGCUAAGCAGCUGGUCAAUUAUACACACACCAUAUAGUAGCUAGCUACACACUGAUGUUAGAUUUUUAAUAUGAAACUGAAUUUCUCACCCAUUCUGAUCUAACAAAAAAAUACAGGAAUAUUUAAACAACAGGAAGUGACACGUACAAGGUUUUUCACAGUUAAUCAGUUAAACAGAUGAUCGUGUUUAGUCAGCAGACUGAUCCUCGACCUGUGCAGUUACAUUAGCACUGUUAGCCUGUUAGCAAUACAGCCCCAGUGUGUGUGUGUGUGUAUUUGGGUCUGUGUGUGUGUGUGUGUGUGUGUGUGUAUUUGGGUCUGUGUGUGUGUGUGUGUGUGUGAGUAUUUGGGUCUGUGUGUGUGUGUGUGUGUGUAUUUGGGUCUGUGUGUGUAUUUGGGUCUGUGUGUGUAUUUGGGUCUGUGUGUGUGUGUGUGUAUUUGGGUGUGUGUGUGUGUGUAUUUGGGUCUGUGUGUGUGUGUAUGUACAUGAAUACAUCAGUACUGGUUCACUAGGUUUCACUAAAAAUAAGUGCUAGUGUGUGUGUGUGUGUGUGUGUGUGUGUGUGUGUGUGUUGGGGUGGCAUUAGAGGGAAAUCAAAGUAAAGCUUGUUAAAAUUGCAUGAAAAUACCUGUGAAGUAGAUCACCUGUCUCUCUGCCUGUGUGUGUGUGUCUCUUGCUGCCUGUCUGUCUGUGUGUGUGUCUCUCUGUGUGUGUGACUGUCUGUGUGUGUGACUGUCUGUGUGUGUGACUGUCUGUGUGUGUGACUGUCUGUGUGUGUGUCUGUCUUUCUGCAAACAGGCCUGUGAUUUAGUAGAACACAGUCUGUCUGUCUCUAUUUGUUUUUCUGUAGAGGUCACCAGGUAAACAUUGCUUAAACUCAACUCUGUGUGUGUGUGUGUGUGUGUGUGUGUGUGUGUGACAGUUGUCUGUGUGGCUGAAAUAUGGCCAUAGUUCCCAGGAAAAUGUGUUAACCCCCACCCACACACACACACACACACACACACACACACACACACCAUGUUCAGGUUAACUCUCAGGCCUGCUGGUGUAUUAGUACUGAUCCAGGAUCAGACUUUCUCAGAUGUAUAGAUCAUUAAUUCUCACUGUUUAUAAAGGUUAUGAAAUUUCAUUAACUCUCACUAUGAAGCCUGUAUGAUGUGUUAUAAUUGAUCUGACAACUUACUGCUGUAUAAAGUCAUAGUGCACAUAUGAAUUGGUUGUGUCCUAAACCUUCACUACUGGGAGAGAUGUGAGGCAUUAUUAAAGCUACAGAGCAUAAUAAACACCUAGUGAAGUCUUAUAAGCAUGUCAUGAUCAGAGUGUGAUGACAGGCUUCAUAUAGAAUGAGUUACUGUAUUAGUGUAUCAGUGAAUUUUAUUCUUUUCAUAAGGGAAUCAUAAGGGAGUAUAUUAAGUGUUAUAAUGCGACAAUGUGUGUGUGGAAGGGUUUAAAUGUGCUUAAGUGUUUAUUACAGCUUUAUAACGUGUAUGUUUAUGAUAUAAGACCAUGAUUUUAUUCUCAGUAGAAACACUGGACGAGUAAAUAUAUUUAUUUCAUCAGCAGCUCAGCUUAUUAUUAUUAUUAUUAUUAUUAUUAUUGUUGUUAUUAUUGUUUUACUGUGAAACUUGUGGCCAAAUGUUCUUAUUAAACGGUUUGAUUUAUUUUUAUUUGUGUUGAUCUUUGUGUUUUUACUGGUCCGUCGCCGCUCAGUGUGAAACGCUUCUGUGAUAAAAUGCAGAAAUGAUGUAAAGACAGAUUCAUAAAGUCCUCAUGAUGUCGGUCUUUUCCUAAACAACACAACUUUAAAUAAAUAAUUACCACAAACACA